GCUCUGACUCGGACUCAAAAAUUUCACCAACCACCACCAGUUGACUUGAGGCUCUAGGAAAGCGCUCGUGCUGCCAUCGAUUGAAGGAGUCUUACCAUCUAAAAAUACAAAUGAAUCCAGAUGCAUUGGCUGGCCGCCUCUUAUUUGCCAUCCCGAAGAAAGGGCGAUUGUACGAGAAAUGUCUAGAGAUACUAUCGGGUGCCGAUAUCCAGUUUCGACGACACAACAGACUAGAUGUCUGUCUCGUCAUGAAUCACCCAAUAGCUCUCGUUUUCCUUCCAGCAUCAGAUAUCCCGUCUUUCGUCGGAAGCGGUAACGUUGAUCUCGGGAUAACAGGGCAUGAUGUGAUCUUGGAAGCAAAUAUGGAAGAACAAGUCACAGAAAUACAAAGGCUCGGCUUUGGGAAGUGCGCAUUACAGGUCCAGGUUCCAGAGGGAGGCUCGAUACAGUCUGUCGAGUCUCUAGCAGGGAAGCGUGUCGUUACAAGUUUCGAAGUCCUCGCGGCUGCCUACUUUGAAAAGAUCGACAACAAUCUCCAGCUUACCGGAGAGAGCAGGACAAAAAUCCAAUACGUCGGUGGGAGUGUAGAGGCUGCGUGUGCCCUUGGACUGGCUGAUGGAAUAGUUGAUCUCGUAGAAUCCGGAGAUACCAUGCGUGCGGCUGGUUUACACGCAAUCGCGACGGUGCUUCAGACAGAAGCUGUUCUCAUAAAAUCCAGUGUUCCCAAAAACCCCGAUCACGCUCCUCUGAUAGACCUCAUCACCCGUCGUAUCGCUGGUGUUAUUGCCGCGUCGAAAUACGUGGUAUGCGAGUACAAUAUCUCUCGUGACAAGCUCCCGGUAGCUACAACCAUAACGCCCGGCCGCAGAGCGCCAACCAUCAGCCCGUUAGAAGAGGAAAAUUGGGUAGCCGUGAGUAGUAUGGUGGAAAAGAAGAAUGCAGCGAAUGUCAUGGACGAGCUAGUGAAGAUUGGAGCAGAGGAUAUUUUAAUUUUCAACCUGGACAAUUGUAGAGUGUAAUGUAUGGAAUCAUUGUAUAGAUCUCGAGACAAGGUGUGAUAUCACUGAAAAGGGUACUCACAGCCGAACUGCCAUAGACUUAUACUACUGUUGGCGUU